CUACUAGAUUCAUAUCAAGUACUAUUAUAAUACUCUCUUAUCAAAAUGUGGACCAACAAGUUUUUCUUCCUUCUUACAGUUGCAUGCAUGGUCGUGUUCGGUACAGCUCAAACGUUGCCUUCGAUACCUGGACAGGACCCAGCAGAUUGUUUGUCAUCGUUGGAACUUAUUCCUAACUGUAUCUCAGAAAUUUUUGGAUCGAUAAUAAGUGGACAAAUCGGGACUAUUGGUCACUCUUGCUGCCAUGCCUUUUUGGGUCUCAAUGCAGAUUGUGUCACUCAGACGUUUGCCUCCGCUCCUCUCUUCCCUCCGACUCUACGGGUUCAUUGUUCCAAACAAUCGUAAUGCCAUAAUUAUUCUACAUGUUCUAGGUCAUAAAUGUGCUAACAGUGUUAUGGUUCGGCUUAAGUAACAACUUCCAAGUAUGUGAUCAUCAUUAUCCAUAUUUCGUGUUGAUAUAAACACGUGAAUAACUAUAUAAUAAUAAUAAUAAUCUAAAGGAUAAGUCUAAACCAUAAUAUACUCAUGAAAACAUAAACAUGUUUGGUUCCUUACAAAGCCGGUGUGUUCUCCUUUGGCUUUGGUUGGUCACGUUAAUACCACAAAAUGUGUUACUAUCUUGUUCA